GCUAGCACUUACAGAGCUAUUAUGAUAAAUGCAAAAUUGUUUUGUUUUUCAGGCAAACUCCAUUUUACAAAUGUGAAGAUAUCUGAUAUGGUUGGGGGAAGAGCUUACUCCUGUAUGGCUAUUAACUACUUCAUGAGGGAUAAUGUAACUGGUCCAGAACACGUUGUCAUAGUAUUGGGAUCUACUGAACAGAAACAGCCUGUCAAAGAGUUGUGGACAUCACCUAGUGACGAGUUCUUUGUUAAAGGUCAGACUCUAAGGCGCAAAUGUAUUUUUGCUGGGACUCCCACACCGGACGUAUAUUGGAAGAAACUUGAGGGAACACUUCCAGAUAGAGCAAAGUUUAAGAGUUUUGGACAAGAGUUACAAAUCACUGACGUACGGGAGUCAGAUGUUGGCCAGUAUGAGUGCAUGGGUAAAAACAGUGAGUCAAGUGUAACUAAAGUCUAUGAUACCAGAAUUGAAUCUGCACCAUUCUGGGUGGAAGAACCUCAAGAUGUUGAAGCCAGUAUUAAUGAGACGGCAACAUUUAUAUGUAAAGCUGAUGGUGACCCUAAACCUGAAUAUGCCUGGUACAUCAAUGGUGUACCACUUGAAGAUAGACAGAAUGAGCUGGGUGUACGAGAUCCACGUAUCUACAACAACAACCGAUUCUAUAAGAAAGAUGAUAACAAUAUAACCCUGAGAAAUCUAACAUUAGAAGAUCACAUGAACAUCCAAUGUAAUGCCAGUAACAAACACGGAUAUGUCUUUUCUGAUGUCUACCUCAAUGUUCUAGGUACUACUGACACAUCUAAUACAGAAGCUUUUACAGCUAACCCUUCCUUAACCAGAGCUGCAUUACUGGUACUUGUACUGCAGUUAAUAUUGCAGUGAAAUUGCAGGGACUGAUACUGAAUUACUUUUACAAAAUUUGACUACGACUGGUACUGCUACUACUACUGCAUUUCAAGACUAAAUAAAAAUGUCAUCAGUUUUUCUCAAAAAGUGAAGCUGUGAAUCCCAUGUAUUAUUUUAUUUUUAUGAAAAAGUAAGUUUUCAAAUCUUACUCAUAACUACAGAAAACCAGAACUCAAGAAAUUGAAAUACAUGAAAAUUAAGCUCAAAGAAAUCAUACUGCAUAAAUGAAUUAUGAUUUUUUAAAGUUUAUAUGUGUAACUGUUUAAACUAAUCAGUUAUGAAAAGGAAUUCAUCAUUAAGGAAUCAAUCUGCGAAUAUGUUGAAUCAAAAACAAUGAAACACUUGACAAACCUCUUCUUUUUCAUUUAUUCCAAAUAAUCCUAUUUCAAGUGAUAUUGUUAGCACAAUAACAAGUUGGUAUUAACUACUUUAGCAUAAAUUGAACAGAGGUGUUGAGGUGUGAAAGGCAACAAAAGACUGUUGUGUUUAGAUAUGAAUGGUUGCAUUUGAUUAAUUGUUUGCAUUUUUAAAAUAUGUAGUUAAAAUCAUUAAAAUAUGUUAAUGUACAUUAUAUGUUAUUUUUGAUUUCCAGUGUGUAUUUAUUCUAACUAUGAUUCUUUAAGUUUAAGGCGACCAGAUAUGGAACAGUCGCCCUAAUGACAUCCGCAAGGUUUAAAAAUUACAAUGAGUUUGGGAGACUGAUCCAGGUCUCGAGUGGCCUAAGUUGUAAAUGUGCUAUGUGUCUGUAAAUUUGCUAUGUGUUUGUUAAUUUGCUUAGUAUUAAUUUAUAUAAAAUGCUGUUUGUUUUCUUUGUUUUUGUGUGAAUCCGUUUUUAGUUUGCUUUGAUGCUUUGAUUAAAUGUUGUAUGUAAUUUUUGCUGUAAACCUUGUAUUUUUAUGCUAGUUGUAUCUUUGCUGUCUGACUUGUAUGUUUGUUCUAAUUGAAACUCCUUAUUUUCUUCCAUUAGGCUGUGCAUGCAACUUAAUUUUAGUUAACUUUGUUUGUUACCCUGUAUGUGUUUUAUCUUUUUCUUUUUUUUCAUGCAGUUUUAGUUCUAUCAUAAAAAAGAUAUGUACUUUUUUUAAGGAAGUCAAUCUAAUUUUUUAGUAAAUCUUAAAUUAUGUAUAAACUCUAUGUGUUAACUUACUACUUUAUUAAUUCAUAUUUUUAUUAUAAUUAUUUUUAUUUAUUUCACAUUGCUACAUGUAUCAUACUUAAAGUGUCAGCUCAUUCUGUUCUACAGUCGUUGAUUACUUUUAAACCUUUAGUCCUUUUAAUACAAUAUCUACUGUGCAUGUCAUUAUACUUUGCUUUAAUUUGUCAUCUUAUUUCUAUUCAAUCUCUCAAUCUUGCUAUUUUUAUUUCAUGCCUAUAGUUGUUAUUAGUUUUAAAUGUUUUUACUUUCAGAUCUGUUAUAUGUUAGUAAAUAUGUUUUAUGUCUUUGUUUUUGUCGGUAUAUAGCUUAUUAGCUAAGGUUUCUUGUAAUAUGUAAACUGACUUGGAAUAAAAUUUCUUGUAUCUUGUAUGA